AUGACCGUCUGUCUCUCUGUCCGUCCGUCCCACAUUUGCGCCGUGACUCCUGCGACCCCAGAGCCGAGCGGGGCGCCCUCACAGCGGCAGGUGUUGGGGGGACGACACCCCGGCCAUGCCGAGGUGGGCAGAGCCGGCAGCCGCGGGCGCUCUGGUGCCAUGAACGGGCCGUCGGGGUCCCUCAGCGCUCGACCUGCAGCCGGCAGCGAUCGGGGAGCAGCGGGACCCCGUUCUGACGCUCCUCCUGAACCGGGACGCCAGGCGGGGGGCGCGGGAGCGACCUCAGGCCACCCUGCAGGAAUGGGGGGCCGCGUGCGCUGCCCGGCUGCCCCCCGCGAGCUCCCCGAAAUGCAGGGCGGGCGCCGCAGGCGAGGCUCGGGCUCCGGCCACACGGGCGGCACCGGGAGCGGGCGGGAGGCUGAGGCGGGAGGGUCGCUGCGGGUGCGAGACCCGCCAGGGCUGCAGAGGGGACCCUGCCUGAGGGUUCCUCGGGGGACAAAGUGUCGGGGCUCAGAGAGCCAACGGCUCGGGCAGAGACGCAGGACUGAGGUGGAGGACACGGAGGGCCACGGGGGCCACGGCCACGACGGGCCAGACACACAGCGCGUGGCCAGGCCGUGGGGGCACCCCGGAGCCGCCGCCCUGACACUGGGGGACCCCUGGACCUUCAGAACAGGGACACAAUCAGCGAGUCCCCUCGGGGGUCCCCCGACCCCCAGCAGCGUGUCCCUCGGGGGUCCCCCGACCCCCAGCAGCGUGUCCCCUCGGGGGUCCCCCCGACCCCCAGCAGCGUGUCCCCUCGGGGGGUCCCCCGACCCCCAGCAGCGUGUCCCCUCGGGGGUCCCCCCGACCCCCAGCAGCGUGUCCCUCGGGGGUCCCCCGGCCCCCAGCAGCGUGUCCCUCGGGGGUCCCCCGGCCCCCCAGCAGCGUGUCCCUCGGGGGUCCCCCGGCCCCCCAGCAGCGUGUCCCUCGGGGGUCCCCCGGCCCCCAGCAGCGUGUCCCUCGGGGGUCCCCCGGCCCCCAGCAGCGUGUCCCUCGGGGGUCCCCCGGCCCCCCAGCAGCGUGUCCCUCGGGGGUCCCCCGGCCCCCCAGCAGCGUGUCCCUCGGGGGUCCCCCGGCCCCCAGCAGCGUGUCCCCUCGGGGGUCCCCCCGACCCCCAGCAGCGUGUCCCUCGGGGGUCCCCCGGCCCCCCAGCAGCGUGUCCCUCGGGGGUCCCCCGGCCCCCCAGCAGCGUGUCCCUCGGGGGUCCCCCGGCCCCCCAGCAGCGAGUCCCCUCGGGGGGUCCCCCCGACCCCCAGCAGCGAGUCCCCUCGGGGGUCCCCCCGACCCCCAGCAGCGUGUCCCCUCGGGGGUCCCCCCGACCCCCAGCAGCGUGUCCCCUCGGGGGUCCCCCCGACCCCCAGCAGCGUGUCCCCUCGGGGGUCCCCCCGACCCCCAGCAGCGUGUCCCCUCGGGGGUCCCCCCGACCCCCAGCAGCGUGUCCCCUCGGGGGUCCCCCGGCCCCCAGCAGCGUGUCCCCUCGGGGGUCCCCCGGCCCCCAGCAGCGUGUCCCCUCGGGGGUCCCCCGGCCCCCCAGCAGCGUGUCCCCUCGGGGGUCCCCCGGUCCCCAGCAGCGUGUCCCCUCGGGGGUCCCCCCGACCCCCAGCAGCGUGUCCCCUCGGGGGUCCCCCCGACCCCCAGCAGCGAGUCCCCUCGGGGGUCCCCCGGCCCCCCAGCAGCGUGUCCCUCGGGGGUCCCCCGGCCCCCAGCAGCGUGUCCCUCGGGGGUCCCCCGGCCCCCAGCAGCGUGUCCCUCGGGGGUCCCCCGGCCCCCCAGCAGCGUGUCCCUCGGGGGUCCCCCGGCCCCCCAGCAGCGUGUCCCUCGGGGGUCCCCCGGCCCCCCAGCAGCGUGUCCCCUCGGGGGGUCCCCCGGCCCCCCAGCAGCGUGUCCCUCGGGGGUCCCCCGGCCCCCCAGCAGCGUGUCCCCUCGGGGGGUCCCCCGGCCCCCCAGCAGCGUGUCCCUCGGGGGUCCCCCGGCCCCCCAGCAGCGUGUCCCCUCGGGGGGUCCCCCGACCCCCAGCAGCGUGUCCCCUCGGGGGUCCCCCCGACCCCCAGCAGCGUGUCCCCUCGGGGGGUCCCCGGCCCCCAGCAGCAUGUCCCCUCGGGGUCCCCGGGGGCCCCCCAAACCCCGUCCUGA